AGAAGAAACUCAUCAAUCAUGCCUGAACCAUCAGGACAGAAGUCAGCGGCAAAGAAGGGCUCCAAGAAAGCUGUCACCAAAGCUGGUCCCAAGGGCACCAAGAAGAGGAGAAAGACCAGGAGGGAGAGCUAUGCCAUCUAUGUGUACAAGGUGCUGAAGCAGGUGCACCCUGACACCGGGAUCUCCUCCAAGGCCAUGAGUAUCAUGAACUCGUUUGUCAGUGACAUCUUCGAGCGUAUCGCCUCUGAGGCUUCCCGCCUGGCCCUGUACAACAAGCGUUCUACCAUCACGUCCCGGGAGAUCCAGACCGCGGUCCGCCUGCUGCUGCCAGGCGAGCUGGCCAAGCACGCCGUGUCUGAGGGAACCAAGGCUGUGACCAAGUACACCAGCUCCAAGUAAACUGUUGAAACCAGUUUCCAAACCCAACGGCUCUUUUCAGAGCCACGUAUCUGUUCUAUAAGUCAACUCCUCAAAAAUUAUAUUCUUAAAUGUAUUAUAUUUGAUAUUAUUCAGUAGCCUUGAUAAUUCUAAAGUAAAGAUACAAUUUAAAUCUUGCUGUAAAUAGUGAGUUAACUUGUUCUGUAACUGAGCUGCCCUCUCUGGACUGUAAUGGUACUGCAGGUGGGCUCAAUGACAUGACCGUUUAAUUUGGGUAUUUUUUUCUGUGAUAGUCGUUCAUCUAAACACACAGCAAUGUUGUGACACAGCGUGUGGUAGCUCAGUGGUUGGAUGAUAUGGUCACAAGUCGUACAUCGCUUUGGAUAAAUGACAUGUAAUAUAAUGACACUUUAAUUUCUAUUGAAAGUCAGCUGUAGGCUUAGUGUUUCAUGUAUUGAUUUUAAUUCAUUAUUAAUUUGAUUGAAGCUGAAGUCACUGAAAAUAGUGUUCCUUUACUUCCUCAACAAACCACAAUGAGUGGAUUAUUUAAAUAAUUAAUUUGUGUUUAGAGAACAGUUUGUAUAUUAAGAAGAACUGAAGGUUGUUUAUGGUGAGUCUGAAAUGUUAACAUACUUGUAAAUGCUGGUGAUAACUCUUCUGCCUCCUAGAUGUAACAACAACUUUUUUUAUUGUUUGCCAUACCCUUAAACAAAAGCUCAGAACCACCAGUGUCACCAAAACAAAGGCAGGACACAGUUAAGUGACGAAUACCAAACAUUUAUGCAUUAUAAUAACUAAUUUCCCAUUAUUUUCUCCUGUUUUUCUGUUAUCAUUUUACAAAUAUUUAACGACGAAACAUGAACGCGAUUGCUGCAACUUUUACAUCCCAACAUAU